CGUGGUACACCUCAGUGUCUCGCUCCAGACGAGAUGGUGUUACAUUUGGGAAAGAACAUUGUGCUGCUCUUGCUGGUGGUGUCCAGCUCGACGCUUGCCGUCUUUGGACAGCGAUCAGCUGCCCAUCCGGAAUGGAACAAUCGUGAAUUUGCACCAGCGCCGGAUACUUCCAGCCCUCGGGAUGAUUCGAUCGAUCAGAGCUACCGUCUACCGACCGAUACCGUCCCAACGCACUACACGAUCCGUCUCCAUACGGAUCUGCACACCGGAAGUCGUGCAUUCAGUGGUAUCGUGGACAUUGAAUUCGACGUCAUUGUGCCGACUGAUGCGAUCGUUGUGCAUAACCGUGAUCUGCUGAUCGCAUCGGCUGCUCUCUACGCCAAGGAUCAAGAUGGACUGCUGGUUGAGUUUGGAUUCCCGCACCACGAGUUUGACCAACGCACCGAGCAGCUUACGUUCCACCCGGGUCAGGUGCUACCGAUCGGCAGCUAUGUGCUGACCGUUGAGUACAGUGGUUUGCUUCAAACGUCCUCCAACAGUGGCUUCUUCCUGAAGUCGUACGUCAACGAUGACGGUGAGCGUCGGUACGUCGGUACCACGCAGUUCGAGUCGACCAACGCCCGCAUGGCCUUCCCGUGUUAUGACGAGCCACUGUUGAAGGCUGGCUUUACCCUGUGGAUCACACACAUUGCCGAAUAUAACGCAGUGUCGAACAUGCCUGUCGAAGAGGUUGUGCCGUCGGAGGAGCACGAAGGAUACGUCACGACCAAGUUUGGACCAACGCCCAAAAUGUCUUCUUAUCUGCUCGCAUUUGGUGUUUCCGAUUUCGUUGCACUUGAAGAUGGCAACCAGCAGUUGUACGCCCGUCCGAAUGCGAUGGAUGAGGCCGAGUUUGGUUUGGAAGCGGGUGUCAAGAUAUUGGAUGCGCUGAGCGAAUACACUUAUGUGAACUACUAUGACUACAUGCCGAAAUUGUCCCAGAUGGCUAUUCCCGACCGUGGCGGUGGCGCAAUGGAGAACUGGGGACUUGUCAAGUACGCCGAAACGGGACUGCUGUUCGACCCGGCCCGUAAUACGUACCGCACGCGCAAGGGAAUCGCAGUGGUAGUUGCUCACGAGUUGGCACAUCAGUGGUUUGGUGAUCUGGUUGGACCGCAAUGGUGGAGCUAUAUCUGGUUAAACGAAGGCUUUGCCAACCUGUACGGGUACAUUGGAGCAGAUCUGGCCUACCCAUCGGAGCGCUACUGGGAUCUGUACGCGGUAGAGAACGUCCAAAAUGCAUUCGGACCCGAUGCGACUGAUUCCACUCGACCGAUGACUCAAGAUGCUACGACACCGUCCGCCAUUUCGGGACUGUUUGAUUCUAUCGCUUACGACAAAUCUGGAAGCGUACUGAACAUGUUCCGUAUGGUACUUGGUGAUGAUAACUUCCGCGCUGGAUUGAAGGUUUAUUUGUUGAACCGCCAACUGGACGGUGCUGUUGCUGACGAUCUCUACGCUGGUCUGCAGGCCGCCAUCGACGAUAAGGACGUGCUCCCGGACGGAUACACCGUCAAGCAGUUGAUGGAUAGCUGGACCACAGAGCCCGGCUACCCGGUGCUGACUGUGCGCCGUAACUACAACGAUGGUUCGGCGAUCCUUUCGCAGGAGCGGUUCUACGCUGACAAACGUUCCCCGAACGCCAACGUCUGGUACAUUCCGUACUCUUUCGCCAGUGCUUCCAACCCAGACUUUGAGGACCUUUCCGACUUCCAGUGGCUGUCGACCAAGGCCGAACGUAUUGAAACCGGCGCCUCUGCCGACGAGUGGAUCAUUUUCAACAAGCAGCAGACGGGAUACUAUCGCGUCAACUACGACGCACACAACUGGCUGAUGAUUGCGAACGCUUUGCGCGAGGAUCCUUCCGUUAUCCAUCGUUUCAACCGGGCACAGCUGAUCAACGACGCAUUCAAUCUUGCUCGGGCUGGCCGUCACGACUUGGCCCUCACAUUGGACCUGCUGCGAUAUCUCUCCAACGAGCACGAAUACGCCCCGUGGGCUGCGGCCAACGGUGUCCUGAACUACUUCUACAACAAGCUCCGUGGAACGGCCAACUAUCACGACUUCAUCGUGUACGUCGAUGCUCUCAUUGGCCCAGUCUUUGACAGCCUCGGUGACAUCGCUACUGUGCCCGAGGACGAAACGCUACUCGACAAGUACCUGAAGCAACUCAUCUCGACCUGGGCCUGCCGGGUUGGCUACACCGAGUGUCUUCGCCAAACGGCCGAAGCUUUGCAUACGGCCGUCGAAACGAACACCCCAGUGCAUCCGGACGUGUCGUACGUGGUGUAUUGCUAUGGUCUCAAGGGUGCUACCGAUGACGAGUACCGUUGGUUAUUCGACCAGAUGAUCAACUCCAACAACGAAGCAGAGCGACAGCUGCUGAUCGAUGCGCUGGGCUGUGCUCAGGACCAAUCGCAACUCAUCUCGUUGCUUACCGUUGCCAUUGGUAGCAAUUCCGAGUUGAACAGCUUGCUGAACGGUGAACGAUCCCGCAUCGUUUCCUCGAUCUACUCGGCCGGUCGGUUUGGUGUGGAGGCGAUGAUUGAGGCCCUGUCGGAUCCCUUGUUGGCUCAGGAGUUUGUUGGUCGCUUCGGCCAGGGAACACUGAAUAACGUCGUUUCGAAUGUGGCCUCGCGUACCAACAACGACGGAGAGCUGGAACAGCUGGAGCAGUUCUUGGCCGCUCUGGGUGAUUUGAUCAGCCCCGAAACGGCUGCCGCUGCGGUACGUACCGUUAAGACAAAUGCCGCUUGGUUCGAAACGUACGAAGGAGUCCUCUCUACGACGUACUUUUCUGACUUUACCAACUAAUUUGAACGACACUGAUUAGGACAGAGUUUGAUUUUGUGUAAUGCAAUAAAAAUACAACUUGAUUCAAAAAUA